GUGUGUGUGUGUUAUGAAAGUGCACUGAGGUGUGUACUGAGCUUCACUCCCUCUUAUCACAGCACAGAUCGAUGUUCAGUCUUCACGCGAUCUGUUUGUAAAUAACUCUCACCAGGAUCAGCGGAUAUUUUCCUAUCCAGAUCACCAUGCUGGAAGGACUGAAGGCCUGAGUGCUUUAAGUCAUGGCAUCGCGGGACAGCUCGGAUGGUCUCACAGCAGGAGAGAGGGGCAUCCCUCUGGACAUUGAUGAUGUCCAAAUGCUUCUGCAAGUGGAACAGGAGCAGGUUCAAAAGAGGACAUUCACUAACUGGAUCAAUGCUCAGCUUUCGAAGAGGAGCUGUACCUCCUUAGUGCAGGACCUUUUUGCAGACCUCCGUGAUGGAGCUCGAUUGCUGGACCUGCUGGAGGUCAUGAGUGGCCAGCACUUGAAACGAGAGAAAGGCCGUGGAGUUUUUCAGCAAAGGGGAAACAUUGAAACAGCUUUGAACUUCUUAAAAAAUAAAUCAAUUAAGCUGGUGAAUAUAAACAUCCCUGAUAUCAUAGAAGGGAAACCUUCCAUCAUUUUAGGCCUCAUAUGGACCAUUAUACUACGCUGUCAUAUAGAGGAGUUAGCCAGCAUGCUCUCAUUUGGAUCCCGAUCCUCGUCUUUGGAUUCCCUGUCCAGUGUAGAUUCGGCUCCUGGAACCCCAGUACGAGGUAGCCCUGUUCCACAGAGAGCGUCACCCAUCCACACACGCUUUCGCCUCUCUGCUAAAAAGGCCCUGCUCCUAUGGGUGCAAGACCAGUGCCAGAAGGUGGGCUCCUCAGUCAGUGUAAAAGAUUUCAAAUCAAGCUGGAGGAGUGGCGUUGCAUUCCACGCAAUUCUUUGCUCCUUGAGGCCAGACCUAGUGGACAUGUCCCUAACAGAGACAAGGAGCAACCGUGAAAACUUAGAGGAGGCAUUUCGCAUAGCUCAGGAGGAGCUGGGAAUACCCAGACUACUUGAACCUGAGGAUAUUGAUGUCAGUCACCCAGAUGACAAGUCCAUAAUGACAUACGUGGCCCAGUUCCUGCAGUACUCCAGCGAUAUGCCCACAGUUGAUGAUGAUCUUCAGGCUUCACCCAGUCAGAAGGUCAGAGAGAUGACUUGUUGGCUUCGGCAAGCCUAUGAGGAACUGCUGGAUGUGUGGUCCUCCACAGAGAGAGAGGGGUAUAGCAGACGUUAUCAGGCAUUCCAAACAUUUGUGGGGUCGUUCUAUGAGCAGCGGCGUCCAGUGAUUCCAAUGCUGAGUGCAAUGAAACGAAGCACCAAACUCAGUGAGGAGCAGGUUGCCCUGAGACAGGCCUGGGACAAUAUGGAGGACAGGUUGCAUAGAUACAAAACUGAGCUGGAUGGAGCUCUACCUGCUCCUUUACACAGUUUGUCGAAUUGGCUACAGAGAAUGGAGGCAGUACUGGAUGACGAUCAGGGCACCUCUGACCACGCAAAUGCUGCUCGAAAUGCCAGAGACAAGCAAGAGCAACUUAAGGCGUUGAUGGUGGACAUGAGUGGCCACUUGGACACACUUCAUCUAUUCCACAACACAGAUGAUGAAGGUUCCGCUCAGAUUCCUGCUGAAAAACUUGAUGAACUCAAGAGACGUUUCACCAAUGCCAGAGUGACAGCAAAGUACCAUGGCAUCAAACUGGAGUACUCUGAGCACUGGCACAAUGUCUGUGAGAUUUUAAGCCAUCUCAAGGGCAAGCUGAAUACCUGGAGAGGACCGUAUGGCUCUCAGGAAUCUGUGCUGUCCCUGCUGCAGGACUGGACUGAUACCAUAGAGAAGCAAGGCAUGGUGUCCAUAUUAAAUGAACUUCUCCACAAGCUGAAAGAGACAGCCAGCACAUACACUGGCAAGGCAGCCCUGUCCGAGGACUCUGGGACAGUGAACAGGCAGGUGAAAGAGGCUGAGGGUGAAGCAGCAGUGAGCGCAGUAGAAGUAAACACUGUAAGGGGCACAAUGGACCGUGUGCUGGUGGCAUGGGAGUCGUACAAACACUGCUCACACUCACUACAGGUCUUCUUGGAACAGGCACUGGCAGAGAGCAAGGUCCCUGACAACCUGCCAAAAUGGAGCUCUCUCCAGGCCCAGUUAAAUAAAACAGGAAACUAUUUGAUUGAGGUAACCAACAGCUCCACCAGCUCUUCUCUAGCAAAUGAGCUCGGGAAACUCAACAGAAGAUGGGCAGAUUUCAUCAAGCGGACCAAGUUUGCCGUGCCAUCACAGCAGGUCAGUAGCUCAGCGCCGUGUGCUCAGGCCAUGCAGCGCUUAGUGCAGGAAGCAGACUGGACGCUGAGAGAGGCCGUGGAGGUGUCUUCUGAAGCACUGCACUCAUACAGGAAGAGACUUCAGGCCAUACUAAAGAAAAUUUCAGACAUAGACCUGGAUCUAUUAUCUCCAUCUCCAGGAUUUAGUAAAGAGACACUGCAGAAGCUGAAGCACAGACAUUCAGAGAUGAGACAGGCUCUGGGUGAGGCAGAGCAGGCAUGUGGAGGGCUGCAGAAGACAACAUCUGAGUUGGAAAGUAGACUUACUGAGCUGGCUCACUGCAACACAGAGGCCAUGGAAGUUUGCCAACUUUGGAAAGAAUUACAAGACAGUGGCCACCACGGUCCUCACCCUAAAGCCAAAUCACUGAUAGGCAGAAGACUGCAACUAGAGGAAAAAAUGGUGGCAGAAGGACAGGAUCUGCAAGCUUUGCUGGAACAAAUGCAAGAGAAUUCCUCCCUGCCAUUUCUCAGUGUGUGUGCCCUACAGGGCAGAGUGAAGCACACUGUCAAACACUCUAAGGAUAUCAUAAAGAUCUUUACUUCUAUUAGAGUUAAGCGUGAGGGAAAGCCUGAAAGUCAUCAACCACCUCCAAAAGUUAUUGUUCAUGCCUACACUAUACCAGAGCCUCGAGCAGGGACCUUCCAGGAAUAUGAAACUCAUACGUCCAAACCUAAGAAAUCCUUUCCAACGUCAUUAACACAAUCUCCGCAACAAAAGAGUCCUAGUCAUUCUCAAAAGACAGCUAAAACUGAAAUUAAAUUCCAGGUGCUUUCUCAUGCUGAUCCUCAGUAUCAGCCACAUGAUCAGCCUAGUGUCCUGCUUAGAGCUGAAGACAAAGGGAUAAAGAACCAAGCUUUUCUGCCAAAUCCCUCUGGAAAUGUGAUGCAGAUGGAACUUCAACCCGAAUAUCAGAAAUUAUCUGUACGCUCGAGUCAACCCAGGACCACAAAGUCAUCAGAAUGGCCUCAGCAGCUAUCAGAGUCCUCCAGGAGCACCGUCAUUCAAUCAGUUACUCAGUCUGGAUUUAAAUCUAAAACUCAAGAUAUUAGUUUUAAUUCACAACAGCACCAUGGGCUGUUGGCCAAGGCUCAUAGCCUUCCCCAGCACCUGGAAACAUCAUGCGUACAUGUCAAGACACCCACAGUGGCACAAAUUCAGCUGCAGACACAGGGAGACUCACACGGACACACCCAGCUUGUAAUAUCACCCCACACUCCACAACAAGCUCAGGCUUGGCCCAAAGUUCUUAGCCCUAGCAUACAUCAGAGAGAACAAGACCAAAGUAAUGCCCCAAAUCCUCGCCCAGUCCCUGAGCAGAGUGAAGUGUUUGCUCGAGCUCAUGCUAUGGCUAGGAGCAGGAUGAACAAGGCCAAACAGCUUCUACAGCAACACAUAGAGGAGGUCACCACCAUAUUCAGCAACAGAGUCAUAUCUAAAGAGCAGGCCAGGAGGAAGCAGGGUGCACUACGGAGGCUUAAUCCAGCAGUGUUAAAUGAAUUUCUGGGAGCUGUGGAAGGUGUAGGGGCAUUCUGUUCUGAAGCUCAGCUGCAAGAGCUGGAAAGACUCUCUCUAUCUGUCAGGGCCCAGUGGGAGGAUGUCCGUUCAGCGAUAGAGUCCUUUCUGCCUGAGUUGUGGCAAGAGGUUGAACGAAGGCAGUCAAUUAACCAGGCUCUUUUGAGGCAUGACAUAAACACUAACACAGAAAUCCCAGCCUGUGAUCCAGACCAAGUUUGCAGUAAACAGGCAUGUUCCUCAGCAAUGGACCCUCAUGAGCAUCUGGAUGCGCUUUAUGAGCUCAGUAAUAUUCUGAGCUCUCCAGCAAGCUCCUCUGUGACCACCACCCAGUUUACAGAGAGUGACGGCAAAAUGGACACUGUCCGCUACCAAGUCAAUCCAAGCUGCAACAUAAAACUGUGCCAACAACGCAGAGAUGGAGCACUGAGGACAGAGUCUGAGCUGCCUGCUGACCAAACAGUAAGCCAAGCUUAUUCACAGGAUACUGUACAUACAAACAGUGUGGAGACCAAACAGACAGCAGAAAGGACAGUCAUCUAUGAUGAGGAAAAACAGGAAGUGGAGGACUCCCUACAGGAAGCUUACAGCAGUUACACUGCUGCCCUCUCAGCAUUCAAACAGCAGCUACAGAUGAACAGUGAGCAGCUGAACACAGAUUUCCUUACAGGCUCCAGCCUCUCAACUGUCACCCUGAAGAAAUGUCUUCAAGAUCUCCAGGUAAUGAGGCAGAAGACAGAGGCUUUAUGGUUUGAAUUUACGCUCCAGAGCUCCUCACACAUGAAGGAUGACUAUGGGAAGGAAACAGACAGAAUAGAGCUGAUUGAGCAGUGGAGAGGACAGCAAAUUUGCUUUCAUGCCAGGAUGAGGUCACUCAAGAGUGCGUUGGAGAUGUUGGAGCCAACUGAUAUUCGUAUCAAACAGCUCUCUGAUCAGCUAGACCAGAACAGUAGAAAAACUUUGGACAUCAGAGGCUUUGCUCUCAAUGAUUCCACUGCAAUAUAUGAAGAGACAAAGCUGGUGGGGGAACACAUUGAAAGAGAAAUGAUGCUCCUUUCUGAGAUGGAGAGAAAAGUGACUGUCUCUGCGGGCUCAACUGAGACGGAGCUUCAAGCCCAUCUGCUACUAGAGCAGAUCAUACAGAGCUGUACCGAGCGCCUGCAGCUGCUGAACAAUCGACUGGCUGGAACAAUGUCCGUGAUCGGUGCCCUGGAACACCUCCUGAGUUUUUUGCACAAGCUGAACGACGAGGUUUCUACAGCUGACCGUACAUCUCCGUUAACAGCAGCACCAGCAGCAGACCACACUUCCAGACUGGCAUCGAUCAGAGAGAAGCUUCAGCAGGCUACAGACGAAGCUGCACAGAUAGAUUGUUUGCUCAAGGAUGCUGGAAUGAGUGUAACUCUGGACAAGAAACUAGGCAGUUGUCAGGAUUUGGUGGCCAGCUGUGCAACAAAGAUCAUUGCUUUGGAAAUGAGAGGAGUGCAGGGCAGUAAAGAAGAGGAGAAGAGAGAGCGGAUUCUGAGGAAGAAAAGGAAAGCCCUGCAGGUCACACUCAAUGAGGUGCAGAGAUCAAUGGAAAAACAAGGCCUGAAGGAGGCAACUCUUCCUGCCCUGCAGCACAGAUUGCGAUGUUUGACAGACAUAGACUGUAAACUAGCUGCUGUGCGCUCAGACAUCCAGAGUCUGCGGGACACAUCUGCUCAGACGAGCACUUCAGAGGAAGGCCUCAGAGAGCUGGAGGUCCAGUGGGAGGAGAUCCACAAAACACUCAGUGAAAGUCAAGAGGAAUGUCUUUCCCUGACCGAGCUACUGAAGAAGUUUCAGAGCUGCCGUGCCCAUCUUAACAACACCCUGCGAAUUAGCGAGCAGACGAUAAGUGAGCAGACCUCCUACAUGGGCAGGGAAAAUCUUCAGCGCAUCAUAACCAGGGUAAACACAAUUAAAUCAGACCUGAGUGCUCUUGGAGAUGGUGUGGAAGAGUUCAGAGCUGUGUGCAGGCAGCUACAUUCUCGGAUAAGAAACAUCCCAGACUGUCCAGAUGCUCCAUUUGAGAGUGAGGCAGAUGCACUCAUGGACCGUUGGCUGGAUGUGAGUGAGAGGACAGACUGCCAUUUUGACAAUCUGCAGAUUGGGCUAUCGCUGUGGGACAAGCUUCUCUUGUUGGCUAGGGAGGUGGAAAGCUGGACCAACAUCAAAAUAAGGGAAUUUGCUCAGCCACACCCAUUUCAGACAGAACAGGAUAUCCUUGCAAUGCAGGAAGAGCUGAAGAUGCAGGAAGAAAAUGUGGACCAUUUCCAUCACAGGUCUGAUGAGAUCAAGGAGAGUCUGCAUAGCAGUGAACCCCCACUGGAGUUACAGGUUAUUGAGAGUCAAAUGAGGAAGAGAAUGGAGGAAGUGAGGGAGCUCUUCACUGAAACGAGUGAUGUCUACAGAGAGCUGGUGGCUGCCAAGGCUCAGGUUACAGCCAGGAUGACAGAGUGCAUGUCUUCUGUACAGAUGAUAAAAGAUGCCCUGAGCACACUUGCUGUAUCUAAGGGCCCACAGCUCAUCCAGGAUAUCCAGGUCUUGUCAGAGAAACUACAACUAGAAACUGAGCAGGCAGACACUCUGAUGCAGCAGGUCGCCAUGUUGGCCAACGUGGCCAAUCCAGAGAGCUUGCUGUCUCUUGCUGAGGAUGGGGCUCAGCUUCAUGAAUUCAUCUCUGAAGUCAGAAAUAUGAUCCUGCUGAAGAAAAAAGAAGCAGAAAGCCCCAGUAAGCCACAACAGGUCAAAUAUGAUCAAGUCACAAAAUCAGAUGAUAUUCAUUUCAAAGUCACAGUUCAGAAGAUACAAGAUCCUCCACCAGAGAAAAAUGAUUUCAGCAACACUCAGGAAGAGCAGGAUCAAUCUUCAUCUGACAUCUCAAAAGAAAUACAAGCAAAAGAUAUACAUGAGGAUUCAUUAGAACUUGAAGACUUCCUUAAAGAUUUGCAGAACUUCAGACAUCUGUUACAAAGAACAGAAGACAGCCUUAAAAGAUUACAGCAGUCUGUUGACGCUCAGGAAACAGAUACUCAGAACAUCACUGCCAAAGGGAUGGAGAGACUUCAGGGACUGCAGGUGGUGUUGGACCUGAGGCCUGAAGGAAACAGCAGGUUAGAGAAGCUGAAGGUCAGAGGUCAGGCACUGCUCCAGAGACAUAGUGAGAGAGAAGGAAGAGACAUACAGGAUGUCCUAUGCAUGCUUAGAGAUGCAGAAAGCCAGUGGGAUUCUAUGUUGCAGUCUGCAGUUGAGCAUCACAGACUUCUACAGGAUGUUAUGGAACGCUCCUUCUCCGAACAGCACCAGCAACUGCAUUUGGAGACCAGGUUGCAGCAACUGCAAGAGCAAAUUGCAGCCCUACCUGCACAUUUUCCCUGGCCAGGCAUGACUGAGAAGAAGUUAUUUGUUGAGAAGGCUCAUUAUCUUCUGGAGAAAGCCAAAGCCCUGGACUCUGAAGUUACAGCAUUGAAAUUUCACCAGGUCCCGUUAACACAAGACCCACGUUGGAUAGAUCAGUCCUGGGAUAACCUGGAGAACAGUGUCUCCAGCUUAGUCAAACAAAUCAGUGAUGUAUGUGGCGGUCUGGAUGAGAGCAUUCAAACAGAAAGGCACUGGAGCCUUGUGCUAAAUCAGUGCAAUGCAACUCUGGACACUCUGCAGAAGGAAAUGCUCAUGUCCUCAAAUAAAAAAGACCAGAAGUCUAAAAUGAACACUUUAGAAGCCUUGCUUCAAGCUCUGUGUCACGAAGCCAAAAAUCUACAUGAAGUCAAAAUACUGACCACUUCUCUGCUGAAGAGCUGUACUCCGGAUGGACAGAAAGCCUUGUCUCAGGAUAUUCAGACUCUGCUCAAGAAGCAUACAAUGCUUGAGAAGUCUAUUAAUGAGCAGCUCCACCAUUUACAAAGACAAAAGGCUGCAGAAAUGGAUUUUGAGGCAACUAAAAGAGAAGAGGAAGAUGGUAAACACAGUAAUGACAUUACUUUAGAUGGAAUGCAGUUAUCCUCACUUAUGGAAUCAGUACAACCAGUUCAGACUGUUUCUUUACCUGAAAUCACUGCUGGUGUAGAGAGUUCCUCUGCAGACCCUGACGUUUCAAAGCAGAAGGGUUCUGCAUUACUCAUUGACGGUGACAAGCGAAGUUGCACCGAGACAGCAAAAGCCUGUAAAACUGUUCUGCAUGCAGAUAAGCCCAAAAUGAAACUUGAAGUGCAGCAGACAAUGGAGUCUCCCAAAGCGGGAGAUGCUUUUGAAUUCAGUUCUGACAAGCCAGAGAGGGCAACAGAUUCUAAAUCAGGAACAUCAAAAAGUAAAGAAGACCUUAUGAAGUCAUUGGAUUGUCUAGAGAAAAUCGAACCAACCUCACUUAUUGAAUCAUUGCAGACAGAUCAGUCUGAAAUUGUUAAUUCUCAACAAAUACAAACAUAUGUUUGGACAGAAAGUUCCACUCCAGAUGCACAUUUGACAAUUCCUCAGCCUUCUGCACUAUCACAUGGGGAUGAAACAUGUGCAGAUAUGCUACAAUAUAAGAACACUGAUACAAAACAAUCAACUGAUGGCAGAACUGUUUUCUAUCAGCGAAAAAUUAUAUAUAGGGAAUGUGACCGGCAAGAGACUGCAAACUCAGCUGAUGUUUUACAUAGUCCAGUAUCAGAGGCUCUUGAAUUUUCUACAACUGAAAUUGACUCGUUGAAUCAAACACCUGGUGCAAACCAGCCUCAAUCUUGUGUUGUGCUCUUGGACAGUAACAACCAAAGUGGUCUUGAAAAUGCAAAAACUUGUAGUAUUAUUUGGGAUGUUGCUCAACCUGUACUAAAACCUGAUGGGCAACAGUCACCGAAGUUUGCCAAAACUAGGAACAUUAAUGAAUUCACUUCUGAAAAUAUUACUGCUAAAGAAAGAGACUCUAAAUCACUUAUAAAAAUAGAUGAACUAAGUAAAACUAAAAAUUAUAAUCUUCAGCAGACUCAAACAGCUGUUGGUACAGAAUGUUCCUCUGGAGAUGCAGAUGUGCAAAGUCAGCAACCUUCCACAUUAUCAGACAUGGAUAGUGACUUUAGUCCAAGAAAAUCUGCUGCUAAUUCAGAGGAUGUGAAAUCAGGAACAAAAUUAUAUAGUGAGGAUCAUAUGCAGUCACUGGAUUGUCAAGAGGAAAUGCAGUCAUCCAUACAAACAGAACCAGUGCAACCAAGUCAGAAUGAAAACGCUGAUCUUCAACAAGUCCAAACCCCUGUUGGUAUAGAAGAUUCCUGUGGAGACAUAGAUGUGUCACACCAACAAGCUUCUUCGUUACCUGACAGAGUAUCUGUAGAGGCAGAUGUGCAGCAAUAUCAAGCAGUUCAUGAAAUAGACCCUGAGACCAUAACCAUUUCCUAUCAGCAAACUGAUGGAUCUAUAGAUCAGGGCAGGAAAGAGAGACAACAGAAAGCAACUGGAUAUGACAAAAGCAUUAAUGAGCAGGACACUAAACAGUCUAAAGGAAAAGACAGUCAACAUUCCCAGCAUUCCAGCUCGGGUAAGAAAAAGAAGAAAAGCAAGAGUGUGAUGAAAACAGAUAAAAGAGUUAAUACAGAAGACCGGAAAAGUGAAACAACAACAAUCUCCAAAGAAAUGAGUGAAGGCAGCUCUCAGCAUCAUCACGAAACUAGCGCAAGGCGUGUUGAUGCCACAGACACGACACAGCCUGCAGUCACAGAAGAGGAUAUGCUGAAUAACCAGGGAGUUGAUUCAACUAAAGAUCUUGAUGGAAGAAAUGUUUCCUACCAGCUGCACACUAUGUCUAUAGAUUGUGACACAGGUGACAGACAACAAAAAGCAAGCCCAAGCACCAAAAGCACAACUGACCCAGAAACUGAACAGGCAAAAUCGAAAGAGGACACCAUCAAGUUCAGACAAGAAACUGAACACUCACACACAAUAAGUGAUAUUUCACAUGGUCCAGUACCAGAGGUUCUUCAAAUUUCUGGAACAGAUAUAGAACAGAAACAGACAAAUACAGAAGAUUAUAUUACUUUCAUAACGGGAACUCAGCCGACACACAGAGAAGCUGAUGUUUCUUAUGGUCCAAAUUCAGAAGUCCUCCAAAUUUCUACAGCAGUAAUUGACCCUUCAAAUCAGACACCUGAUGCAAACCAGCCUGAAUCCAGGACAAUACACAUGGACAGUGACAACAAAAUCAGCAGUGAGCCUGCAACAGUCUGUAAAUCCAUUCUGGAUGUUGAUCAGCCCACCCCCAAACCUGAUGGGCAGCAGUCAGUGAAGUAUCCCACAGCAGGAGAUCCUAAUGAAUUCAGUUUUGACAAUCUCACUGAUAAUGCAGCAGACUCUAAAUCAAGCAGAACAAAAAGUGAUGAGGCUCUAAUGAAAUUAGUGGACAAUGUUGUGAAAAUCCAACUGUCCUUACAUACAGAAUCAGUGCAAACAGAUCAGAAUGAAGAUGCUCAUUCGCAACAACAGCAGGCCAAUGUUUGUGCAGACAGUACCACUGAAGAUGCAGAUUUGUCAAGUCAAGAUUCUACAAUACCAGUAAUGGAUGCUCUGCAGAAUCAGAAAGGUGUUACAACAGCAGAGAUUAAUGUUAGAUCCAAUUACUCCCAAAAAUCUCCCGUGUAUCCAGAUCCGCACCAACAGACAGGGCACAAGAGGGUGAUCCCAAUUGAGAGAAAUGAACCAGAUUCAGAACAGGCAAAACCAGAAGAAACUAGUAAGUUCAGAGUAGUAAGUGAACAAAAACAAGAAGCAGCAGAAGUUCUUGACAUUUCUAGAACAGAAAUAGAUUUGAGUCAGAUGCCUGAUAUAAACCAGCCUGAUUCUUGUAUGACACCCAUAGACAGUGACAACCAAAGUAGUCUUGGUGCUGCAAAAGUUUAUACCAUCAUUCUGGAUGUUGAUCAAUCUCCAUUAAAACCUGAGAUGCAGCAGUCAGAUGAUGAUAAUGACUUUGGUCCUGGAGAUUCUGCUGCUAAUUCAGAGGAUGUGAAAUCAGGAACAAAAUUAUAUAGUGAGGAUCAUAUGCAGUCACUGGAUUGUCAAGAGGAAAUGCAGUCAUCCAUACAAACAGAACCAGUGCAACCAAGUCAGAAUGAAAACGCUGAUCUUCAACAAGUCCAAACCCCUGUUGGUAUAGAAGAUUCCUGUGGAGACAUAGAUGUGUCACACCAACAAGCUUCUUCGUUACCUGACAGAGAAUCUGUAGAGGCAGAUGUGCAGCAAUAUCAAGCAGUUCAAGAAAUAGACCCAGAGACCAUAACCAUUUCCUAUCAGCAAACUGAUGGAUCUAUAGAUCAGGGCAGGAAAGAGAGACAACAGAAAGCAACUGGAUAUGACAAAAGCAUUAAUGAGCAGGACACUAAACAGUCUAAAGGAAAAGACAGUCAUCAUUCCCAGCAUUCCAGCUCGGGUAAGAAAAAGAAGAAAAGCAAGAGUGUGAUGAAAACAGAUAAAAGAGUUAAUACAGAAGACCCGAAAAGUGAAACAACAACAAUCUCCAAAGAAAUGAGUGAAGGCAGCUCUCAGCAUCAUCACACAACUAGCGCAAGGCGUGUUGAUGCCACAGACACGACACAGCCUGCAGUCACAGAAGAGGAUAUGCUGAAUAACCAGGGAGUUGAUUCAACUAAAGAUCUUGAUGGAAGAAAUGUUUCCUACCAGCUGCACACUAUGUCUAUAGAUUGUGACACAGGUGACAGACAACAAAAAGCAAGCCCAAGCACCAAAAGCACAACUGACCCAGAAACUGAACAGGCAAAAUCGAAAGAGGACACCAUCAAGUUCAGACAAGAAACUGAACACUCACACACAAUAAGUGAUAUUUCACAUGGUCCAGUACCAGAGGUUCUUCAAAUUUCUGGAACAGAAAUAGAACAGAAACAGACAAAUACAGAAGAUUAUAUUACUUUCAUAACAGGAACUGAGCCGACACACAGAGAAGCUGAUGUUUCUUAUGGUCCAGAUUCAGAAGUCCUCCAAAUUUCUACAACAGUAAUUGACCCUUCAAAUCAGACACCUGAUGUAAACCAGCCUGAAUCUAGGACAAUACACAUGGACAGUGACAACAAAAUCAGCAGUGGGCCUGCAACAGUCUGUAAAUCCAUUGUGGAUGUUGAUCAGCCCACCCCCAAACCUGAUGGGCAGCAGUCAGUGAAGUAUCCCACAGCAGGAGAUCCUAAUGAAUUCAGUUUUGACAAUCUCACUGAUAAUGCAGCAGACUCUAAAUCAAGCAGAACAAAAAGUGAUGAGGCUCUAAUGAAGUCAGUGGACAAUGCUGUGAAAAUCCAACUGUCCUUACAUACAGAAUCAGUGCAAACAGAUCAGAAUGAAGAUGCUCAUUCGCAACAACAGCAGACCAAUGUUUGUGCAGACAGUACCACUGAAGAUGCAGAUUUGUCAAGUCAAGAUUCUACAAUACCAGUAAUGGAUGCUCUGCAGAAUCAGAAAGGUGUUACAACAGCAGAGAUUAAUGUUAGAUCCGAUUACUCCCAAAAAUCUCUCGUGUAUCCAGAUCCGCACCAACAGCCAGGGCACAAGAGGGUGAUCCCAAUUGAGAGAAAUGAACCAGAUUCAGAACAGGCAAAACCAGAAGAAACUAGUAAGUUCAGAGUAGUAAGUGAACAAAAACAAGAAGCAGCAGAUGUUCUUGACAUUUCUAGAACAGAAAUACAUUUGAGUCAGAUGCCUGAUAUAAACCAGCCUGAUUCUUGUAUGACACCCAUAGACAGUGACAACCAAAGUAGUCUUGGUGCUGCAAAAGUUUAUACCAUCAUUCUGGAUGUUGAUCAAUCUCCAUUAAAACCUGAGAAGCACCAGUCAGAUGAUGAUAAUGACGUUGGUCCUGGAGAUUCUGCUGCUAAUUCAGAGGAUGUGAAAUCAGGAACAAAAUUAUAUAGUGAGGAUCAUAUGCAGUCACUGGAUUGUCAAGAGGAAAUGCAGUCAUCCAUACAAACAGAACCAGUGCAACCAAGUCAGAAUGAAAACGCUGAUCUUCAACAAGUCCAAACCCCUGUUGGUAUAGAAGAUUCCUGUGGAGACAUAGAUGUGUCACACCAACAAGCUUCUUCGUUACCUGACAGAGAAUCUGUAGAGGCAGAUGUGCAGCAAUAUCAAGCAGUUCAAGAAAUAGACCCUGAGACCAUAACCAUUUCCUAUCAGCAAACUGAUGGAUCUAUAGAUCAGGGCAGGAAAGAGAGACAACAGAAAGCAACUGGAUAUGACAAAAGUAUUAAUGAGCAGGACACUAAACAGUCUAAAGGAAAAGACAGCCAUCAUUCCCAGCAUUCCAGCUCGGGUAAGAAAAAGAAGAAAAGCAAGAGUGUGAUGAAAACAGAUAAAACAGUUAAUACAGAAGACCGGAAAAGUGAAACAACAACAAUCUCCAAAGAAAUGAGUGAAGGCAGCUCUCAGCAUCAUCACACAACUAGCGCAAGGCGUGUUGAUGCCACAGACACGACACAGCCUGCAGUCACAGAAGAGGAUAUGCUGAAUAACCAGGGAGUUGAUUCAACUAAAGAUCUUGAUGGAAGAAAUGUUUCCUACCAGCUGCACACUAUGUCUAUAGAUUGUGACACAGGUGACAGACAACAAAAAGCAAGCCCAAGCACCAAAAGCACAACUGACCCAGAAACUGAACAGGCAAAAUCGAAAGAGGACACCAUCAAGUUCAGACAAGAAACUGAACACUCACACACAAUAAGUGAUAUUUCACAUGGUCCAGUACCAGAGGUUCUUCAAAUUUCUGGAACAGAAAUAGAACAGAAACAGACAAAUACAGAAGAUUAUAUUACUUUCAUAACGGGAACUAAGCCGACACACAGAGAAGCUGAUGUUUCUUAUGGUCCAGAUUCAGAAGUCCUCCAAAUUUCUACAACAGUAAUUGACCCUUCAAAUCAGACACCUGAUGUAAACCAGCCUGAAUCCAGGACAAUACACAUGGACAGUGACAACAAAAUCAGCAGUGGGCCUGCAACAGUCUGUAAAUCCAUUCUGGAUGUUGAUCAGCCCACCCCCAAACCUGAUGGGCAGCAGUCAGUGAAGUAUCCCACAGCAGGAGAUCCUAAUGAAUUCAGUUUUGACAAUCUCACUGAUAAUGCAGCAGACUCUAAAUCAAGCAGAACAAAAAGUGAUGAGGCUCUAAUGAAGUCAGUGGACAAUGUUGUGAAAAUCCAACUGUCCUUACAUACAGAAUCAGUGCAAACAGAUCAGAAUGAAGAUGCUCAUUCGCAACAACAGCAGACCAAUGUUUGUGCAGACAGUACCACUGAAGAUGCAGAUUUGUCAAGUCAAGAUUCUACAAUACCAGCAAUGGAUGCUCUGCAGAAUCAGAAAGGUGUUACAACAGCAGAGAUUAAUGUUAGAUCCGAUUACUCCCAAAAAUCUCUCGUGUAUCCAGAUCCGCACCAACAGCCAGGGCACAAGAGGGUGAUCCCAAUUGAGAGAAAUGAACCAGAUUCAGAACAGGCAAAACCAGAAGAAACUAGUAAGUUCAGAGUAGUAAGUGAACAAAAACAAGAAGCAGCAGAAGUUCUUGACAUUUCUAGAACAGAAAUACAUUUGAGUCAGAUGCCUGAUAUAAACCAGCCUGAUUCUUGUAUGACACCCAUAGACAGUGACAACCAAAGUAGUCUUGGUGCUGCAAAAGUUUAUACCAUCAUUCUGGAUGUUGAUCAAUCUCCAUUAAAACCUGAGAAGCACCAGUCAGAUGAUGAUAAUGACUUUGGUCCUGGAGAUUCUGCUGCUAAUUCAGAGGAUGUGAAAUCAGGAACAAAAUUAUAUAGUGAGGAUCAUAUGCAGUCACUGGAUUGUCAAGAGGAAAUGCAGUCAUCCAUACAAACAGAACCAGUGCAACCAAGUCAGAAUGAAAACGCUGAUCUUCAACAAGUCCAAACCCCUGUUGGUAUAGAAGAUUCCUGUGGAGACAUAGAUGUGUCACACCAACAAGCUUCUUCGUUACCUGACAGAGAAUCUGUAGAGGCAGAUGUGCAGCAAUAUCAAGCAGUUCAAGAAAUAGACCCAGAGACCAUAACCAUUUCCUAUCAGCAAACUGAUGGAUCUAUAGAUCAGGGCAGGAAAGAGAGACAACAGAAAGCAACUGGAUAUGACAAAAGCAUUAAUGAGCAGGACACUAAACAGUCUAAAGGAAAAGACAGUCAUCAUUCCCAGCAUUCCAGCUCGGGUAAGAAAAAGAAGAAAAGCAAGAGUGUGAUGAAAACAGAUAAAAGAGUUAAUACAGAAGACCCGAAAAGUGAAACAACAACAAUCUCCAAAGAAAUGAGUGAAGGCAGCUCUCAGCAUCAUCACACAACUAGCGCAAGGCGUGUUGAUGCCACAGACACGACACAGCCUGCAGUCACAGAAGAGGAUAUGCUGAAUAACCAGGGAGUUGAUUCAACUAAAGAUCUUGAUGGAAGAAAUGUUUCCUACCAGCUGCACACUAUGUCUAUAGAUUGUGACACAGGUGACAGACAACAAAAAGCAAGCCCAAGCACCAAAAGCACAACUGACCCAGAAACUGAACAGGCAAAAUCGAAAGAGGACACCAUCAAGUUCAGACAAGAAACUGAACACUCACACACAAUAAGUGAUAUUUCACAUGGUCCAGUACCAGAGGUUCUUCAAAUUUCUGGAACAGAAAUAGAACAGAAACAGACAAAUACAGAAGAUUAUAUUACUUUCAUAACAGGAACUGAGCCGACACACAGAGAAGCUGAUGUUUCUUAUGGUCCAGAUUCAGAAGUCCUCCAAAUUUCUACAACAGUAAUUGACCCUUCAAAUCAGACACCUGAUGUAAACCAGCCUGAAUCCAGGACAAUACACAUGGACAGUGACAACAAAAUCAGCAGUGGGCCUGCAACAGUCUGUAAAUCCAUUGUGGAUGUUGAUCAGCCCACCCCCAAACCUGAUGGGCAGCAGUCAGUGAAGUAUCCCACAGCAGGAGAUCCUAAUGAAUUCAGUUUUGACAAUCUCACUGAUAAUGCAGCAGACUCUAAAUCAAGCAGAACAAAAAGUGAUGAGGCUCUAAUGAAGUCAGUGGACAAUGCUGUGAAAAUCCAACUGUCCUUACAUACAGAAUCAGUGCAAACAGAUCAGAAUGAAGAUGCUCAUUCGCAACAACAGCAGACCAAUGUUUGUGCAGACAGUACCACUGAAGAUGCAGAUUUGUCAAGUCAAGAUUCUACAAUACCAGUAAUGGAUGCUCUGCAGAAUCAGAAAGGUGUUACAACAGCAGAGAUUAAUGUUAGAUCCGAUUACUCCCAAAAAUCUCUCGUGUAUCCAGAUCCGCACCAACAGCCAGGGCACAAGAGGGUGAUCCCAAUUGAGAGAAAUGAACCAGAUUCAGAACAGGCAAAACCAGAAGAAACUAGUAAGUUCAGAGUAGUAAGUGAACAAAAACAAGAAGCAGCAGAUGUUCUUGACAUUUCUAGAACAGAAAUACAUUUGAGUCAGAUGCCUGAUAUAAACCAGCCUGAUUCUUGUAUGACACCCAUAGACAGUGACAACCAAAGUAGUCUUGGUGCUGCAAAAGUUUAUACCAUCAUUCUGGAUGUUGAUCAAUCUCCAUUAAAACCUGAGAAGCACCAGUCAGAUGAUGAUAAUGACGUUGGUCCUGGAGAUUCUGCUGCUAAUUCAGAGGAUGUGAAAUCAGGAACAAAAUUAUAUAGUGAGGAUCAUAUGCAGUCACUGGAUUGUCAAGAGGAAAUGCAGUCAUCCAUACAAACAGAACCAGUGCAACCAAGUCAGAAUGAAAACGCUGAUCUUCAACAAGUCCAAACCCCUGUUGGUAUAGAAGAUUCCUGUGGAGACAUAGAUGUGUCACACCAACAAGCUUCUUCGUUACCUGACAGAGAAUCUGUAGAGGCAGAUGUGCAGCAAUAUCAAGCAGUUCAAGAAAUAGACCCUGAGACCAUAACCAUUUCCUAUCAGCAAACUGAUGGAUCUAUAGAUCAGGGCAGGAAAGAGAGACAACAGAAAGCAACUGGAUAUGACAAAAGUAUUAAUGAGCAGGACACUAAACAGUCUAAAGGAAAAGACAGCCAUCAUUCCCAGCAUUCCAGCUCGGGUAAGAAAAAGAAGAAAAGCAAGAGUGUGAUGAAAACAGAUAAAAGAGUUAAUACAGAAGACCGGAAAAGUGAAACAACAAUCUCCAAAGAAAUGAGUGAAGGCAGCUCUCAGCAUCAUCACACAACUAGCGCAAGGCGUGUUGAUGCCACAGACACGACACAGCCUGCAGUCACAGAAGAGGAUAUGCUGAAUAACCAGGGAGUUGAUUCAACUAAAGAUCUUGAUGGAAGAAAUGUUUCCUACCAGCUGCACACUAUGUCUAUAGAUUGUGACACAGGUGACAGACAACAAAAAGCAAGCCCAAGCACCAAAAGCACAACUGACCCAGAAACUGAACAGGCAAAAUCGAAAGAGGACACCAUCAAGUUCAGACAAGAAACUGAACACUCACACACAAUAAGUGAUAUUUCACAUGGUCCAGUACCAGAGGUUCUUCAAAUUUCUGGAACAGAAAUAGAACAGAAACAGACAAAUACAGAAGAUUAUAUUACUUUCAUAACAGGAACUGAGCCGACACACAGAGAAGCUGAUGUUUCUUAUGGUCCAGAUUCAGAAGUCCUCCAAAUUUCUACAACAGUAAUUGACCCUUCAAAUCAGACACCUGAUGUAAACCAGCCUGAAUCCAGGACAAUACACAUGGACAGUGACAACAAAAUCAGCAGUGGGCCUGCAACAGUCUGUAAAUCCAUUGUGGAUGUUGAUCAGCCCACCCCCAAACCUGAUGGGCAGCAGUCAGUGAAGUAUCCCACAGCAGGAGAUCCUAAUGAAUUCAGUUUUGACAAUCUCACUGAUAAUGCAGCAGACUCUAAAUCAAGCAGAACAAAAAGUGAUGAGGCUCUAAUGAAGUCAGUGGACAAUGUUGUGAAAAUCCAACUGUCCUUACAUACAGAAUCAGUGCAAACAGAUCAGAAUGAAGAUGCUCAUUCGCAACAACAGCAGACCAAUGUUUGUGCAGACAGUACCACUGAAGAUGCAGAUUUGUCAAGUCAAGAUUCUACAAUACCAGUAAUGGAUGCUCUGCAGAAUCAGAAAGACGUUACAACAGCAGAGAUUAAUGUUAGAUCCGAUUACUCCAAAAAAUCUCCCGUGUAUCCAGAUCCGCACCAACAGCCAGGGCACAAGAGGGUGAUCCCAAUUGAGAGAAAUGAACCAGAUUCAGAACAGGCAAAACCAGAAGAAACUAGUAAGUUCAGAGUAGUAAGUGAACAAAAACAAGAAGAAGUCGAUUUUUCACAUAACGCAUCAGCAGAAGUUCUUGACAUUUCUAGAACAGAAAUACAUUUGAGUCAGAUGCCUGAUAUACACCAGCCUGAUUCUUGUAUGACACCCAUAGACAGUGACAACCAAAGUAGUCUUGGUGCUGCAAAAGUUUAUACCAUCAUUCUGGAUGUUGAUCAAUCUCCAUUAAAACCUGAGAAGCACCAGUCAGAUGAUGAUAAUGACUUUGGUCCUGGAGAUUCUGCUGCUAAUUCAGAGGAUGUGAAAUCAGGAACAAAAUUAUAUAGUGAGGAUCAUAUGCAGUCACUGGAUUGUCAAGAGGAAAUGCAGUCAUCCAUACAAACAGAACCAGUGCAACCAAGUCAGAAUGAAAACGCUGAUCUUCAACAAGUCCAAACCCCUGUUGGUAUAGAAGAUUCCUGUGGAGACAUAGAUGUGUCACACCAACAAGCUUCUUCGUUACCUGACAGAGAAUCUGUAGAGGCAGAUGUGCAGCAAUAUCAAGCAGUUCAAGAAAUAGACCCAGAGACCAUAACCAUUUCCUAUCAGCAAACUGAUGGAUCUAUAGAUCAGGGCAGGAAAGAGAGACAACAGAAAGCAACUGGAUAUGACAAAAGUAUUAAUGAGCAGGACACUAAACAGUCUAAAGGAAAAGACAGUCAUCAUUCCCAGCAUUCCAGCUCGGGUAAGAAAAAGAAGAAAAGCAAGAGUGUGAUGAAAACAGAUAAAAGAGUUAAUACAGAAGACCCGAAAAGUGAAACAACAACAAUCUCCAAAGAAAUGAGUGAAGGCAGCUCUCAGCAUCAUCACGAAACUAGCGCAAGGCGUGUUGAUGCCACAGACACGACACAGCCUGCAGUCACAGAAGAGGAUAUGCUGAAUAACCAGGGAGUUGAUUCAACUAAAGAUCUUGAUGGAAGAAAUGUUUCCUACCAGCUGCACACUAUGUCUAUAGAUUGUGACACAGGUGACAGACAACAAAAAGCAAGCCCAAGCACCAAAAGCACAACUGACCCAGAAACUGAACAGGCAAAAUCGAAAGAGGACACCAUCAAGUUCAGACAAGAAACUGAACACUCACACACAAUAAGUGAUAUUUCACAUGGUCCAGUACCAGAGGUUCUUCAAAUUUCUGGAACAGAAAUAGAACAGAAACAGACAAAUACAGAAGAUUAUAUUACUUUCAUAACAGGAACUGAGCCGACACACAGAGAAGCUGAUGUUUCUUAUGGUCCAGAUUCAGAAGUCCUCCAAAUUUCUACAACAGUAAUUGACCCUUCAAAUCAGACACCUGAUGUAAACCAGCCUGAAUCCAGGACAAUACACAUGGACAGUGACAACAAAAUCAGCAGUGGGCCUGCAACAGUCUGUAAAUCCAUUGUGGAUGUUGAUCAGCCCACCCCCAAACCUGAUGGGCAGCAGUCAGUGAAGUAUCCCACAGCAGGAGAUCCUAAUGAAUUCAGUUUUGACAAUCUCACUGAUAAUGCAGCAGACUCUAAAUCAAGCAGAACAAAAAGUGAUGAGGCUCUAAUGAAGUCAGUGGACAAUGCUGUGAAAAUCCAACUGUCCUUACAUACAGAAUCAGUGCAAACAGAUCAGAAUGAAGAUGCUCAUUCGCAACAACAGCAGACCAAUGUUUGUGCAGACAGUACCACUGAAGAUGCAGAUUUGUCAAGUCAAGAUUCUACAAUACCAGUAAUGGAUGCUCUGCAGAAUCAGAAAGGUGUUACAACAGCAGAGAUUAAUGUUAGAUCCGAUUACUCCCAAAAAUCUCUCGUGUAUCCAGAUCCGCACCAACAGCCAGGGCACAAGAGGGUGAUCCCAAUUGAGAGAAAUGAACCAGAUUCAGAACAGGCAAAACCAGAAGAAACUAGUAAGUUCAGAGUAGUAAGUGAACAAAAACAAGAAGCAGCAGAUGUUCUUGACAUUUCUAGAACAGAAAUACAUUUGAGUCAGAUGCCUGAUAUAAACCAGCCUGAUUCUUGUAUGACACCCAUAGACAGUGACAACCAAAGUAGUCUUGGUGCUGCAAAAGUUUAUACCAUCAUUCUGGAUGUUGAUCAAUCUCCAUUAAAACCUGAGAAGCACCAGUCAGAUGAUGAUAAUGACGUUGGUCCUGGAGAUUCUGCUGCUAAUUCAGAGGAUGUGAAAUCAGGAACAAAAUUAUAUAGUGAGGAUCAUAUGCAGUCACUGGAUUGUCAAGAGGAAAUGCAGUCAUCCAUACAAACAGAACCAGUGCAACCAAGUCAGAAUGAAAACGCUGAUCUUCAACAAGUCCAAACCCCUGUUGGUAUAGAAGAUUCCUGUGGAGACAUAGAUGUGUCACACCAACAAGCUUCUUCGUUACCUGACAGAGAAUCUGUAGAGGCAGAUGUGCAGCAAUAUCUAGCAGUUCAAGAAAUAGACCCUGAGACCAUAACCAUUUCCUAUCAGCAAACUGAUGGAUCUAUAGAUCAGGGCAGGAAAGAGAGACAACAGAAAGCAACUGGAUAUGACAAAAGUAUUAAUGAGCAGGACACUAAACAGUCUAAAGGAAAAGACAGCCAUCAUUCCCAGCAUUCCAGCUCUGUUAAGAAAAAGAAGAAAAGCAAGAGUGUGAUGAAAACAGAUAAAAGAGUUAAUACAGAAGACCGGAAAAGUGAAACAACAAUCUCCAAAGAAAUGAGUGAAGGCAGCUCUCAGCAUCAUCACGAAACUAGCGCAAGGCGUGUUGAUGCCACAGACACGACACAGCCUGCAGUCACAGAAGAGGAUAUGCUGAAUAACCAGGGAGUUGAUUCAACUAAAGAUCUUGAUGGAAGAAAUGUUUCCUACCAGCUGCACACUAUGUCUAUAGAUUGUGACACAGGUGACAGACAACAAAAAGCAAGCCCAAGCACCAAAAGCACAAUUGACUCAGAAACUGAACAGGCAAAAUCGAAAGAGGACACCAUCAAGUUCAGACAAGAAACUGAACACUCACACACAAUAAGUGAUAUUUCACAUGGUCCAGUACCAGAGGUUCUUCAAAUUUCUGGAACAGAAAUAGAACAGAAACAGACAAAUACAGAAGAUUAUAUUACUUUCAUAACGGGAACUAAGCCGACACACAGAGAAGCUGAUGUUUCUUAUGGUCCAGAUUCAGAAGUCCUCCAAAUUUCUACAACAGUAAUUGACCCUUCAAAUCAGACACCUGAUGCAAACCAGCCUGAAUCCAGGACAAUACACAUGGACAGUGACAACAAAAUCAGCAGUGGGCCUGCAACAGUCUAUAAAUCCAUUCUGGAUGUUGAUCAGCCCACCCCCAAACCUGAUGGGCAGCAGUCAGUGAAGUAUCCCACAGCAGGAGAUCCUAAUGAAUUCAGUUUUGACAAUCUCACUGAUAAUGCAGCAGACUCUAAAUCAAGCAGAACAAAAAGUGAUGAGGCUCUAAUGAAGUCAGUGGACAAUGUUGUGAAAAUCCAACUGUCCUUACAUACAGAAUCAGUGCAAACAGAUCAGAAUGAAGAUGCUCAUUCGCAACAACAGCAGACCAAUGUUUGUGCAGACAGUACCACUGAAGAUGCAGAUUUGUCAAGUCAAGAUUCUACAAUACCAGUAAUGGAUGCUCUGCAGAAUCAGAAAGACGUUACAACAGCAGAGAUUAAUGUUAGAUCUGAUUACUCCAAAAAAUCUCUCGUGUAUCCAGAUCCGCACCAACAGCCAGGGCACAAGAGGGUGAUCCCAAUUGAGAGAAAUGAACCAGAUUCAGAACAGGCAAAACCAGAAGAAACUAGUAAGUUCAGAGUAGUAAGUGAACAAAAACAAGAAGAAGUCGAUUUUUCACAUAACGCAUCAGCAGAAGUUCUUGACAUUUCUAGAACAGAAAUACAUUUGAGUCAGAUGCCUGAUAUAAACCAGCCUGAUUCUUGUAUGACACCCAUAGACAGUGACAACCAAAGUAGUCUUGGUGCUGCAAAAGUUUAUACCAUCAUUCUGGAUGUUGAUCAAUCUCCAUUAAAACCUGAGAAGCACCAGUCAGAUGAUGAUAAUGACGUUGGUCCUGGAGAUUCUUCUGCUAAUUCAGAGGAUGUGAAAUCAGGAACAAAAUUAUAUAGUGAGGAUCAUAUGCAGUCACUAGAUUGUCAAGAGGAAAUGCAGUCAUCCAUACAAACAGAACCAGUGCAACCAAGUCAGAAUGAAAACGCUGAUCUUCAACAAGUCCAAACCCCUGUUGGUAUAGAAGAUUCCUGUGGAGACAUAGAUGUGUCACACCAACAAGCUUCUUCGUUACCUGACAGAGAAUCUGUAGAGGCAGAUGUGCAGCAAUAUCUAGCAGUUCAAGAAAUAGACCCUGAGACCAUAACCAUUUCCUAUCAGCAAACUGAUGGAUCUAUAGAUCAGGGCAGGAAAGAGAGACAACAGAAAGCAACUGGAUAUGACAAAAGUAUUAAUGAGCAGGACACUAAACAGUCUAAAGGAAAAGACAGCCAUCAUUCCCAGCAUUCCAGCUCUGUUAAGAAAAAGAAGAAAAGCAAGAGUGUGAUGAAAACAGAUAAAAGAGUUAAUACAGAAGACCGGAAAAGUGAAACAACAAUCUCCAAAGAAAUGAGUGAAGGCAGCUCUCAGCAUCAUCACGAAACUAGCGCAAGGCGUGUUGAUGCCACAGACACGACACAGCCUGCAGUCACAGAAGAGGAUAUGCUGAAUAACCAGGGAGUUGAUUCAACUAAAGAUCUUGAUGGAAGAAAUGUUUCCUACCAGCUGCACACUAUGUCUAUAGAUUGUGACACAGGUGACAGACAACAAAAAGCAAGCCCAAGCACCAAAAGCACAAUUGACUCAGAAACUGAACAGGCAAAAUCGAAAGAGGACACCAUCAAGUUCAGACAAGAAACUGAACACUCACACACAAUAAGUGAUAUUUCACAUGGUCCAGUACCAGAGGUUCUUCAAAUUUCUGGAACAGAAAUAGAACAGAAACAGACAAAUACAGAAGAUUAUAUUACUUUCAUAACGGGAACUGAGCCGACACACAGAGAAGCUGAUGUUUCUUAUGGUCCAGAUUCAGAAGUCCUCCAAAUUUCUACAACAGUAAUUGACCCUUCAAAUCAGACACCUGAUGCAAACCAGCCUGAAUCCAGGACAAUACACAUGGACAGUGACAACAAAAUCAGCAGUGGGCCUGCAACAGUCUGUAAAUCCAUUCUGGAUGUUGAUCAGCCCACCCCCAAACCUGAUGGGCAGCAGUCAGUGAAGUAUCCCACAGCAGGAGAUCCUAAUGAAUUCAGUUUUGACAAUCUCACUGAUAAUGCAGCAGACUCUAAAUCAAGCAGAACAAAAAGUGAUGAGGCUCUAAUGAAGUCAGUGGACAAUGUUGUGAAAAUCCAACUGUCCUUACAUACAGAAUCAGUGCAAACAGAUCAGAAUGAAGAUGCUCAUUCGCAACAACAGCAGACCAAUGUUUGUGCAGACAGUACCACUGAAGAUGCAGAUUUGUCAAGUCAAGAUUCUACAAUACCAGUAAUGGAUGCUCUGCAGAAUCAGAAAGACGUUACAACAGCAGAGAUUAAUGUUAGAUCUGAUUACUCCAAAAAAUCUCUCGUGUAUCCAGAUCCGCACCAACAGCCAGGGCACAAGAGGGUGAUCCCAAUUGAGAGAAAUGAACCAGAUUCAGAACAGGCAAAACCAGAAGAAACUAGUAAGUUCAGAGUAGUAAGUGAACAAAAACAAGAAGCAGCAGAAGUUCUUGACAUUUCUAGAACAGAAAUUGAUUUGAGUCAGAUGCCUGAUAUAAACCAGCCUGAUUCUUGUAUGACACCCAUAGACAGUGACAACCAAAGUAGUCUUGGUGCUGCAAAAGUUUAUACCAUCAUUCUGGAUGUUGAUCAAUCUCCAUUAAAACCUGAGAAGCACCAGUCAGAUGAUGAUAAUGACUUUGGUCCUGGAGAUUCUGCUGCUAAUUCAGAGGAUGUGAAAUCAGGAACAAAAUUAUAUAGUGAGGAUCAUAUGCAGUCACUGGAUUGUCAAGAGGAAAUGCAGUCAUCCAUACAAACAGAACCAGUGCAAUCAAGUCAGAAUGAAAACGCUGAUCUUCAACAAGUCCAAACCCCUGUUGGUAUAGAAGAUUCCUGUGGAGACAUAGAUGUGUCACACCAACAAGCUUCUUCGUUACAUGACAGAGAAUCUGUAGAGGCAGAUGUGCAGCAAUAUCAAGCAGUUCAAGAAAUAGACCCUGAUACUAUAUCCAUUCAACAAUCUAUAAUACCAGUAAUGGAUGUGCUGCAGAAUCCGGAAGUUGUUACUACAGCAGAGAUUUACUUUGAUGCCACAGUGGAUGGACUAGAAAUCACAAAUUUAGAUGCCAUGGUUGACCCAUAUACUGAAGAGGCAGAAUCAGAUCCAUACAUUUUCAGCCCUGUAACUAAUCCAACACACAGAAACACUGAUAUUUCACAAUGUCCAGUUCCAGAGGUUCUUGAAUUUCCUACUACUGACUUGUCAAAUCAGAUUUUUGGUACAAAUACGUGUGAACCUCAUAUGUCAUCCACGAAAAGUGAAACCAGUAAUAUCCCAUGGACUGAUCAAGUAUUUACUAUCAUUCUGGAUGUUGAUCAACCCAUACUUAAACCUGAUGCCCAGGAGUCUAUGGAGCUUCCCAAAGCUGGAGAUGCUGAUGAAUUCAGUUCUGAACAUUUGUCAGAUUUGUCAAGUCAACAAGCUUCAGCAUUUUCAACGCAAACAAUUCAGACUCGAAAUCCUCUUUCCCAAAUCCAAAUCUCUGUUGAUGCAGAAACAUCUUCUGGACAUGCAGAUAUGUCAGGUGAUCAAGAUUGUAUGAUACUUUGCAGAGAUAUUACAGGAACACAUGUGCUGCAUAAUGAGGGUGUUGCUAUAAUAGAAGAUCAUGACCCAACUGGCAAUAUGAACGGAGCAAAUAAAAAUUACCAAGCCAUAGAAGACACUCAGGAAACAACAAAUAUAAAUCAAGCACACACUGAACUAGCAAUAGCAGGUGACAGAGAGUGUGUUAAGCUUUCCAGUCCUAUAAUUCGGAAGCAAAACACAAAGGAGGAACAGACAAAUUAUCAAGAAAAAAAGAAGUCUGAGACGUCUAGUUUCAACAAAACGAGUGAAGGCAGCUCUCUGCAUCCUCAAACGGCCACAAGGCAUAUAAAUGCAACUGACACAACAACAACUGAAUCCAAAGAAUAUAGUCAAAAAUAUACUCCAUCACCCACAAAUGUCUGUACUUUAGCUGUUAAAGCAUUGGAUGCUAUAGAAGGCAGAGAUGACAUGGAUUUCCCAGAGAAUACAGAUAGACAGCUGAGUGAAUCAAGGACCGCCCUUGUAGGUACUAGCCAUUCCGGUACCACAGGCACUCAUCCUUACAAUAUAAAAUCAGCAGACCUUAACAACAGCAUUCAGAAGCAAGUUCCUAAUUCCGGGGACAUUUCAGAGACAUCCAGAGCUGAGUCACAGAUAACCACUGCAGUACCAUUACAGCUGGAUUUCAGCAUCCAUGCAGAAGCAGGCUCAAAGGAGCAGGCUGAGAAUACAGACAGCAGUGACUGCUUACAGACACAAGAAAUGUUCAAAGCCAAAAAUGGAAGUGAAGGAGAUCAAUGUGAAGGCUUCAAGGACAACAGCAAGCUAACAAGGACAGCAAACCAGCUUGCCUGUGCAUCUGCACUGGGCACCUUAUUGGACAUGAGCAGAAAUGUCCACUCUGUAAUGGAUACCAGUGAUGUUCCCACAGAAUAUAAGACUAUGGAGGCACAGUGGCCUCUACAGCCAUUGCCUCUAGAAAUGGAGAACCAACUAGGAAGGGCUGUUCUUAGCAUUUUGAAAUGUCGAUAUAAGCCUGCCCAGCUUAGCAAAGAACUAAUGAGUCAGCAACUUCAGGAAGCAGAGACCUAUAAACAGUAUGUUGAGGAGCAGUUGGCUUCACAAUCUCAGUGUGGAGGCUUGGGUCUCUCUCAGCUCAACCAGAAUAUGAAGGAGAGUUGGAAUUCAGUGCUGGUGGAUGCUACAGCCACAGUACAGGUUAAAGAGGCUCAAUUCCAACAGGUCACACAAUAUCACCUACAAAUAAAAGCCAUCCAAGACAUGCUUCAGGAACUGGAGGAAGAGUUGCAUUCACUAAGCCUGGUUUCUUUAAAAAGCAGUGCUGUUCAAGCAAAAAAACUCUGUGCAUUCCUCAAGCACAUGGACCAAAACAGGAAGAUGCUAGAAGACCUGAUGCAUACAUGUUGCCAUUUGUUACCUUGUUUAGGAGAGGCUGAGCGUGCAGUGUUAUGUCUUAUCCAGGUUAAAAGUUUGCAGAAAAAGUGGCAGAUUUUAGAAGGCACAGCAGACAGAACCUUAAGGCAUGCUGACCAUUGUAUAUCAGAAACCUCUAUACUAAUUAAGGAUGCUAACGCAUGUCUUGGUGAAUUGAAUGUUCUGCAGAUACCUUCUCCCUCACCUUUGACUCAGAUAAAAGACUGUCAAAGGGCUAUACAAGAAAUGAUAACAUUUAAUGAGUUUGUCGAAAUAAAUGAACAAUACAUGUAUCUCCUUGAGCUCUCACAUGCUCUUUUCCAAUGUCCACUUGGGGAGAAGGAGAAGGAAGACAUUUGCAAUGUUUUCCAGAAUCUGAAAUCUCAGUUGGAUUGUGUUCAAGAGAAUCUUUGUACUGAGUCUGUCUGUCCCACUGACCACCUACUAGCAGAGAUCAUUGAUACUAUGAAAAGCUGGUUUGCUUGGGCGAAGCAAACAGAGAGCAGAAUCAUCAGGAAAAAGAAGUUAUGUCUUUUCCCAGAAGAAGCCAGUCAGCAGGUCACCAGCAUGAAUAAACUACAGUCAGACAUAUCCUCCAAGCAAUUAACUUUGUCCUCUGUGGUUAUGAAAUUAAAAGAACAGAUUGCAGGACUUAGCCAGGUGGAUUCUCAUCAUUUGUUAUCUGCAAUUCAGACUUUAGAGAAUGUCUACAGUAAGAUCUCAGAGAAGGCAGAGAAUGUUUCUGCAGAACUUAACCAAAUGCUGCAUGCUAGACAGACACUGGAGAUGCAGAUUACAGCUAUUACCACCUGGUUGGCCUCACUCUUAGAGAAAGAAUCAAAUAAAGCUGCAGCAGUCCAGUUUGGAAGCUCUAUCACAGACUUGCAAUCCUACCACCAAAAGGAGAAAGCUACUUUAAAAGAAGCUGAGAAGCGGCUAUGUAUCAUUCAGAGACUUCUGGAUGAAACAAAGAACACAAGUCAUGGUCUCAGUUCUGUAGACACUUUCCACCUUAUCAACAAACUCAGCACCUUGCAAGAAGAGAUCACUGGAAUUGUAAAAUGUAAAGAAACCAACUGUUGGGAGCUAAAGGAGAUCUUGAAUGCCCAGAAAUCAUAUACAGAAGAAUUUACUGCCAUCCAGAAGAGUUUACGUCAAAUAACAACUGACCUUGAGAAGCAAAGAUAUCCUGUAAAAAAAGAACACACACUUGCUGCUUUUGUCCCUAUAAGACACAUGUUAAUAGAGCAUCUUUCUCAAGUGCUGGAAUUUCAGCAUUGCCAGGAGAACCAGAGGAAAGACAUUCUACAGAUCAUUCUGAGCUUACAGGAGAAAAUGAGGCUCUUGGAUCAGCAGAGCAUGGGACACGAAGAAUAUCUGAAAUCUAAAAAACAUUUAGAAAACCACAUUGAGGCAGUGAAGAAGAGAGUAUUUGAGGUCAUGAACACCAGCAAAGAUGUUGAUAAACGACUCCAUUUGGGUCAGACUCUUCUAGUGGAGAUACGUCUGGUGAAGAUAUACUGUCAGGAAACUGCAGAGCAACUGGACGACAUUUCUGGUGACCUAUUCCCAUCACAGAUAAACUCAGAGAGGCAAAGGAUUCAAAGCAUACUUAAAAGUCUUGCUGCCUGGGAAAAUAAUAUUAGCAACGAUGUUGAAAACCAGGAGGACUCCGUACUGGCUAGCAGCUUUAGUAAUCUGAGGAAGCUGACUCCAAUAACUGACCACUUUAUGAGAGUUGAAGAACAGCUAAAGCAGAACAGCUGCCUGGAUCCAAGUGACCAGGCCAUUACUGUUGCACUACAAACAUGCUUGACACUGGAGAGGUCAGUGGCUUGGGUAAUGCGAAUAUUGGCGAUUUCCAAAGACUGGAAAGCUGUUGAAGGUUAUGGAAAAACCACCGACAUAGGAAAAAGAAUUUUAAACGACUGUAAAAUGCAGAUGGAAAACCUUCUCAAGGCAAAGGAGGCCCUGAAAGACUAUCGUAGUGCUGUCCGACGAGCUGUUGGAUUUCUUCAGAAGAUUGAGACUGAUCUCUUGGUUCCUUCUGCCAGCUUCAAAGACACUGAGGAAGAACUUAACUGUACUCAACAACUUCUUACUAAUCUGUCAAAAGGAUUCCAGGAUUACAUAACUGAAUUUCAGGCUCGACUGCCCUCACAAGCAUGUUUUUCUCCCCAAACAAAGACUCUCCACAUUCAAUUUUUGAGCCACCUCUAUGUGACUCAUGCUAAAGUGGAAGCACAAGCACAGCUCAAACUGGAGACCAUUCAGACGUGCUUAAUGGAACAAGCAACCCACAAUAAACAGCAUGAAGACAUAAAUCACCUUCUUCAGAACUUUGAUGCCAACCUCACAGACAGCUUCAGCCACAAACAGAUUUCAUUAGAAGAGUGCAAAGACCAACUUGACAAAAUUAAGGCGCUCAAGGAGGAGCUAGUAAAUGUGGGUACAAGGCUGGAGGAUCUGAAAGACCAGUGCCGAGUGCUGAACUGUAAUGUAGCUUCAGAGAAAAACCUGGGACAUCUACUGAAGCACUGGGCCUUACUUCAGUGGCGGCUAGACAUGCUGAAAUCCAGAGUAGCCCAUACAGAAACACAGUGGUUGGAAAUUAAGUUAAGAAUCAAGAGGUCCAGGGAAGCUCUUGACCAUCUUCAACACAGCCUCUCUGAGAUCCCCAAGAUGAAGGAUUCUCACGGAAAGCUUCAAGUGAUCCUAGAACAAACCAAACAGCUCCAAAAUGAACUGGAAAAAGAGCAGCUUACUUUGGUCUCUCUUCAACGUUAUGAAUCACGACAACUGAGUGCAUCAACACUUCCUAAUACUCUCAGUCCGAUAAGACAGGAAUUGCAAUCACUUCUGAGCCGAUGUGGAAGCCUAAAAGAACAGAGCAGCGAAGUGAGAAAUGAUGUGCUGUCUAAGAUCCAAGAGUGCGGUCGCUUUCAGGAGGAAUUAAAGGGAUUGCAGCAAAGUGUUCUGUCUCUGCUGUUGGUCCUGCAGAGUCAGUCAGAUCCCAGACAUAUACGGGAGGUCAGAGCAGAGGUAGAUGCCCAAAAUGUCAGACUGCAGGACAUUAUGGACAGGGUGACGAAGACGAGCAAAGACCCACCUAGAGAGAUUCAGAAUCUACACGACCAAAUCACUCUGUCCCUGAAGGAAGCUAAAAACAAUGUGGGACAGGCUAUGGAAAACAGUGGCUCUCUUAAAAGAAUAAGUGAGCAUGUGGACAAGGUGACUUUGGGUUUAAGCAGUGUUGAGGCUCUGCUGCAGCAGAAGAGUCCCACUGUAAAAGAAGCUGAGAGCAUACUCAAGCUUUUAUGGGAUGAACUGGACCAGUGGCACUCACGGAUCACUGAGCUAGAGGCAGAGGUUCAAGAGCUGGCUGAGGAACAGCCUGAGAGAGCACACAUACUGAUGGAUGAGCUCACCAAACCCCUGCAGCUCUAUCAGGCUGUAGCCAAGCAGGCAGAGCAGAGAACCGCAUUCAUUAACCGAAUCCCUACAUGUCUCCAAGAGUAUGAGGACAUUCUGCGCAGCUCUACAUGCUGGCUGGCUGAAGCUCAGUCCUGGCUAAAGUCUCCUCAGUCCUACAGGACUGCCAAGUGUCUGCACAGCCAUGUAAAUGCCCUUCAGAUGAUGCUGGAUGAGUCAGAAGGGAUACAAGGGUCUAUGGAGGCUUUUGGGCCUUCACUCCAGGAGAUAUCAGCUGUAUAUGACACCAGCACUGAGGAGCAGAACCUUUUGCAGAUCAGCACCAACAUUAGACACAUGCAGCUCAGUGUUCUGGAGCCACUUUCUCACCUCCAGCAUGCAGCAGAAGAGAUGGAUGCAAUUGAAACUGAAGUGAAGACAAUGGAGAAAAGUAUCACACAGAUUAAAAGUAUCUUAUCUACUGUAGAGACAGAGGAGGUUCCUCCAGAGGAGCAUCUUCAAAACAGACAGGUAAUACUAGAAAACCUGCAGGCCAUGCAGAGGACCUUAGCUGAAAUCGAGAGGUGCAGGGAUGGACUGGGUCUGCCUCCAGGAGCCGAAAUCAGUCUCUCGGUCUUCCACACAGCUGAGCAGCUUUAUCCCCAGAUCAAUGAGCUCCUCAAGCUCACCGAGGAGCAAAGCACCACAUACAGGGCUGCUAUUGGUCACUCUGUGCCUUUUACUUCUUCCUCUGAUGGAGGAAUGGUUUCCAGUCUCGCUCUUCAGUGCUCUGGCGAAGUGAUGCAGGUGCCUGUGGAUACAGCGAACUCAAAGGAUGAGGAUGAUGAUGAAUAUGAUGAUGAAGGCGGUCACUCUUCGUCCUCAGAGACUCUCACUUGCAGUUCUCCAGAGUACCAAGACGAGAUUUCAGUGUUUGAAGUUUCUGGACGUGAAGUUACUGCCGUAUCUAUCAUUAAGGAAUCAUUUCCUGGAUCAAGAGAAAGGACAGAAGAGACUAAACUAGAAAGUGGUACUUUAUCUACAUCUAUAAUUUCAAAUACAACAUGCAGCAGGACAGUUGAUGCUGAUGAUGAUAGAUCUCACGUGCCUGUUACAACUCCAGAGACGUUGUUACCUCUGACACUCAAACCUGAUGAACAACUUAACAUGCUAUCUAAAGAAACUGAGGAAACACUGGAGGACAUUAAACAUCAGGAAACAACAGAAAUUCCAGAAGGUGUGACACAUACAAUUGAAUUAAACCCAAAGCAGAUAGGGGCUUCUUCUGUAAAGCCUGUACUGGUUUGCACAAACAAGAAUGUUUUGGGCAUAGAAGAGUCCAGUAUUCAAGAAAUAUUAACAGAACAAUUCAAAGAGUCCGGCACCAAACCAACUGAGAUUGCUGUUCCUGCACUGGAAACGAAGAGUGACUCCGAAGAGGACAAAGCACUGAGCCCUGAUGAGACUCCAGUGAAUAAGGCUUCUGUUGAAAUCACCACUAUCAUUGUGGAACAAGUGUCUCUCACUAAGGAAUCUCCUGCUAAAAAGUCAGUGGAGUCUGUAUGCUUGAAAACUGAAUCUAAACCUGAAAAUGGUACUUCUUCUAAACAAAUAUCCAUUGCUGAUGAUGCUGUUAGUGUUUCUGCCACUGUUUGUCCACCACUUCUUGAUACAUCUAUGCCUGUGACAACCGAUCCCAUUGUGAAACUUAGCAUGCCAACUAAAAUGAUGGGUAAAGAGACGGAGGAAUCACUGAAGGCCAAAACAAUGGAAAAGCCUGAAGGAGUGACACAGAUUGAUGCACUGAAACAAGAGCAGAUAGGGGCAUCUACUGUAAAGCCUGGAUUAAUUAGUAAAGACAAGGACAUUGUAGAUAUAGGGACUGAGUCAGACCUUCAGGAAAUGUUGGAAGAGUUUAAAUCCAAACCUAUAGAGAAAGAAAUACUACGACAUUCUGCAGUCAGUGAAGACCAACAGGGAGCUGUCUCAUUCUUGACUGCAGUGCCUAUAUUGGACACAAACACUACUCCUCAGAAGGAUACAGCACUGCAGCAGAUGCAGAGGGAGCUAGAAGAGCAGAGAAAUCUGAUCCAGGCCAUUGCUCACCAGAGCAGUAGCUCUGAUUUGGAGCAGGAAGACAAGACGCAGUCUCAGAAAUGUGAAAGAUCCAUUGAUGGGAGUCUGUAUGUUCACAAACAACCACCGGGGAUGGAAGUGACCUGGGAUCAGCUUCUGUCCAGACUAAACCUACUGCUGCACUCUGUGAACACUGAGCAGGACAGAACUAUGUUAGAGGUGAAAAGUGUAGGUGAGGUCGAAGUGGUUAGUGAUACUGGAUCCUCUAUCAUCCAGGAAAUGCAUUGGCAUGUUGAGCAACUUCAGCUUAUCCAACAAAAGCAAUUCACCUUGGACUCUCCAGAUGGUAUCGAUCAAUUCAAGCUAUGUGAAGCUUUGAGUAGUCUGGGUCACACACUAUCGAGAAUCACACACACACUUCAGCCUGAAUCAGAGAUGAGCAGAGAAACCAGCCAGCUCCAUCUGCUCAAUCUGCAGUGUCUGUCAUCACAUCUGGCAUCUGUAAGCAGGAUGAUAAUCAGUAUGGGCCAAGAAAUUACCCUCUCUGAGCUCCCUGAUGCAACUUCAUGUCUGGAGCGAAUCAGUAGCUGCAUAUCCUCCAUUCAGAGAUCCUUGUCAACUCAAGAGGAGCUGCUGAGUAGGCAGCUAGGUCAUAGUCCACAGCUUCAGAUUGGAGAGCAGUUGCUUGAAAGUCCAGUUUCUGUACUGGAGGCCAUAGGAGCUCAGCAUAGUAAAUCAACCAGAUUUACUGAAGCUCUGUCCAGCCUACGGGGUGAGCAGGACAAGGUGUUGAGAUCCAUGCGAAAGGACCAGAGGACACAACAAGAGGUUUCAGCAUUACAGCGUUGCUAUCAGGCUAAUCUACAGGGCCUGAGGGAUCUGUUGGAGCUAGGCUCUGAGCGACUUCAACAUAGCCAAGUCACGCAUCAGCACAGCUGCAGCCAACUCCGGGCCCUGCUCAAAGGACACAAGCGGUACUUCAAGGAGAUAAGGUGGUACCAUACGAUGAUUCAGUAUCUAUCCAAGCAGAUACCAGAGGGAGCACUAAAAGAUCAAGAAGAAGUUGAACAGUUGAUCUCAGCACUGGUUCUGCAAGCUUUAGGACAAGGAAUUCAAAUACAGCACAACUUUGAGGAACGCUCUCGAUUAGAAGAAAUGGAAGUGAAACUGGGGAAACAACUGGAAGAACUGGAGGCAGCAUUGCCUAGUAAUGACCUGAAUACAGAAACUGAACUACCAGACCGACUGCAGGCCUACCAGCGCUUGCAAAGGCUCCUUGAGGACAACAGGCCACAGUUGGAGCUGCUACAGGCCCAGGCUUUAUUUCCUGAGAGAGUGAAUCAUGCUGGUCCAAUUUCAGAGCUUCAGGAUAACUGGUUAGCUCUCCACAGACAACUGGAACAGGAGCUCCAGCACACACAAGUGAUGCAAGUCAGCUACAAAAGGUUUCAGUGCACUUCUGCUGAACUGGAAGUGUGGAUUGCUUCUGCAGUCACAAAUGUGCAACUAUGGAACAAUCUCCGUGAUCCUAAUCCACAGGAUUCAGAAUGUCUUCUGUUAAAUAUCAUGAACUUCUUUAAGGAGCUGGAAAGCCGGUCUGCACAGAAAGCCAGCGCAGUGAGAGCAGGCACGCAGGUCCAACAGCUGUCAGACACAGAGGAUAAUGAAAUACGUCAGCAUUUGUUUCAGAUUGAGAAAGACUGGACAGAGCUCACUAAUGCUGUACCCUCUGUUCAGUGCACACUGCAGCAGCUGCUGGCAGUUCUAGGUCAGAGUAAGGUCAGGGCUUAUCUGUCCUCCUGGCUUGAGCAAAUGAAGAGCAGACUGGAGGAGGAGAGCUCCAGAGAGCAUCAUGUCCUGAACUCUACCGAGCUCAGCACGCUUCUGCAGACACUGAAGGACUUUAAAGCAGAAACAAGAAGUUGGCAGCCAUGUAUAGACUUUCUCAACCACUCUGUAGAAGAGACCGGCUUUGUGGGUGAUGCAGCCAAUCGUAUUGCGCGCUUGAAACUUUCAGAGCAGUUGGGAGCCCUCAAUCUCUGUUGGAUCCUCUUACAAAGAGAGAUUGACAUCAAGAUGCGAGAAAUAGAGCAAAAAAUGCAGGACUGUGCACAGAGAGAGGAACAUCUGCAGUGCCUCCACAGCUGGAUCUCAGUGCAGGAAAAGAAGAUGAAAGUGAAUGAGAGGCCAACUGGCAGGAUACAGAUACAGCAAGCUUUAAAGGAGUCUGAGGAGGUGGAGGAAAUGUUAAAGCUGAAAUCCACUGAGCUGCUGCACAUGAGAUCUCAUCACAUGUUAGGGCAGAAGGAUGGCCAGCACCCAGGAGAUCAGACAUUCUCCUCGCAGGUGGAAAGCACCAGUGAGCAGUGCCAGACUCUGAUGCAACAGAUGAGUGCUGUUCGGACUGUUCUGGUCGGGCUGAAGGAGCAGUGGGCUCAGUUGGAUGAAGCACAAAGGGAUGCAGCUCUGCACACUGUCAGCAUAACCUAUGAGCUGGAGUGCAGCAAGAUCCCUGCAUUGUCACUCCAGCAGAGCAAAGAACAUGUGGAACAUCUUCAGGAGCUUCAGAUGGAGGUUGAACGAUCCGAGCAGACUUGGACGAAUUUGUCCAGGCUUUUUUCAGACCUAGAAGACAAAAUCCACCCUGGUGCUGCUGUACUUCUGUCUGAUGAAUUGGAUCAAAGGAAAACACGGUGGGUGGAUGUGAAGCGUGACGUCAGUUUGGAGCUGCAGAAGGCUCAGGUGGAGCUGCAUCUCUGGCAGGACUACAGGCUGUUAUACGAGGGCUGCUCUAAGCUUUUGAACCAGUACUGGGAGCAAUGUGAGGCAUUUUGUAGCCUUCCGAAAAAACAGGAAUAUGACAUUGAGCUGCUUCUCAGCAAGAUCAACAACAUCAUUGGGUUAGAGGACAAACUAGAAGAAUUGCAUGGCAAUGUUGGAAAUGUAUUAGAGGCCUCUAAGCUUCUCAUGGCACAGUUAGAGCCUCAGGCAGCCACUGUGAUCCAAUCAGAGGCCAGUCUUCUGUCAAAUGAUCUUGUGCAUCUAAGUCAGGAGCUAGUUAAAACAAGAGGACACCUGCAGGAGGAGCUGGAAGAUCGUGUCGGUUUCAGUAAUGAUUUGAAAUCACUAAUGCAGUGUCUCAAAAGGUCUGAAACGUCCCCCAGUGCAAGCAGUGAACAUCUAAAGCUGGCUCUUCUGGAGUUGAGUGCACGGACUCCUGACCUCGGUACUCUGAAUGAACAGAGCCUCAGAUUGCCACUUGCUAUAUCUGAAGCUGAGCAGCUGCAGUUCCUCAAUUCACAAUGGGUGAAAGUCUUCACCCAGUCUGUGAACAGACACAGGGAAAUGUAUAGCGUGCAGUUGUGUGAUCACAGCUUCCAGCAGAAGUGCCAAGCUUGGAUGGUUCUACUGGAGAAAUUGGAAUCCGGGCUCUCCACAGACAUAUCUGGAAAUGAAAUUUCUAUGAGAGAACAGCUUGCGUUACACCAGAAGCUGAAGAUGGAAGUGCUGAUUGGCCAGAAGCUCCUGGAUGCUGUGGUCAGUGAGGAAUUGCAGAUUUUGGAUAAAAGUCAGGUAGAAGACAGGAAAGAUCUGAUUCUGAAGUUGGCCCAGUUGAAGGAGCAAUGGCGGGGAACACUGCGUAGGGUUCAGCAGCGUAGCAGGUGCCUGGAGCAGCAAACUGAACAAUGGAGGCUGUAUAGAACAGGUCUGAAAAGACUUUGGAGGCUUCUGAAGGACUUAGAUCAUUUACUGUCACCUGCUGAAUUGGCACCAUGCAGCUUUCAACAGCUUCAACAAUCCAUUAAAGACUAUGAGCAAGCUCGGGAGAAGCUGAGUGAUGAAGAGGAGCUUUACACCCAGACUGUGCAGUUGUGCAGGCAAAUCUUACCCCUGGCAGAUAUACAGACACAGUCUGAUCUGAAAAAUGAAUCUGGGGCAUUGCAGGAAGCCUGGGAGCAAAGGAAAGAUCUGCUUGUGAAACGGAAAAUUCUCUCUGAAACUGUUAUUCAGAAUUGGAGUUGCUGUGAAGACGGACUUGCUGAUAGUGCACUCCAUCUAAGAGAGAUUGCUGUCAGACUAAAGCAGCCACCACUGGACAACAUAGAGCUUCAGGAGAAGCUCAUCAAGGAGGAGGAGAACUCUUUGAAGCUGUGGGCUGGAGGAUUGAAGGAGCUGGUCACCAUGAAGACAGACAUCUCGCAGUAUGUGAUGCCCACAGAUACAUUGCUUCUCCAUGGACAGGUGGAAGAACUGCACAGCCAGUGGGAAGAACUUUGUCUGAAGGUGUCCAAGCGUAAACAAGAGAUUGCUGACCAUCUGAAUGCAUGGACCAUUUUCAACGACAAACACAAGGAGCUUUGCGAGUGGUUAGCGCAGAUGGAGAGAAAGGUUCUGCACAGCGGUGAUUACUUCAGCAUUGAAGACAUGAUUGAAAAACUGAAAAAGGACUGCAUGGAGGAGAUUAACCUCUUCAGUGAGAAUAAGAGCCACCUUAAACGUCUGGGGGAGCAGCUUUUAUUAGCCAGCGACCAAGCCAAAGAGGUCAACAUCCAUUGCAUGCUGAAAGAUGUCAGUGACCGUUGGCAGCAUCUGUUUGACCACAUUGAAGCCAGAGUGAACAAGCUGAAAGAGACUCAGGCUGCUGUGCAGCAACUAGAUAAAAACAUGAGUAACCUGCGGAGCUGGCUGUCCCGCAUCGAGGCAGAGCUGACUAUGCCUGUACUCUACAAUAUCUGCAAUGGGGACGAGAUUCAGAAGAGACUGGAAGAGCAGCAGGAGCUGCAGCAGGACAUUGAGCAGCACACCGAGGGCAUAACAUCUGUACUGACAUUAUGUGACAUCCUACUACAUGAUGAAGAUGCCUGCAGCAACAACACUGAAAACGAUUCCAUCCAGCAGACCACUCACAGUCUGGACCAGCGCUGGAGAAGCAUCUGCUCCAUGUCCUUAGAGAGGAAGAUAAGGAUUGAGGAGACAUGGAGAAUGUGGUGCAAGUUUCAGGAUGAUUACUCACAAUUUGAAGACUGGUUAAACUUAGCUGAGCACACUGCUGCUGAACCUAAGUCAUCUGAUGUUCUUUACACCGUGGCUAAAGAGGAGCUCAAAAGAUAUGAGGCUUUACAGAGAGAGGUACUUGAAAAGCUGGUCCAACUAGAAAUGAUUAAUAGCCAAUAUCGCCGGCUAGCCCGGGAGAACCGCACUGACUCAGCUAACAGACUGCGGACCAUGGUGCACCAGGGCAACCAGCGAUGGGACGCUUUGCAUCAGAGAGUGGCAGCCAUUCUGCGCAGACUGAGGCACUUUACAGCUCAGAGAGAGGAUUUUGAGGGGACACGGAAAAGCCUGCUGGUCUGGCUGACUGAGAUGGACUUGCAACUUACUAAUGUGGAGCACUUGUCAGAGACCGACAUCGAACACAAACUGAAAAAGCUCAAAGGUCUCAAGAAGAAGAUAACUCAGAACACAGAUAAGAUUGACACUCUGAUUGUUUUCGGCGAGGGGCUGAUUCAGAGGAGUGCUCCACUGGAUGCUGUACUUAUAGAGGAUGAGCUUGAGGAACUGCAUUCCUACUGCCAGGAAGUGUUUAGCCGCGUGGGCUGCUUCCACCAGCGCCUCACCAGCCCUCAGCCUCUCUGUACCAGUGAGAGCACUGCAGGGUUGGAAGAUUCUGAUGUAGCCGAACCAAGUCAAGACACAUCCAUUGGCCAGUCCUCCAUGUCCCUCCUGGUCCCUCCACAGGAACGAUCAGGCUGCGAGACACCACUUAGUGUCGACUCCAUCCCCCUGGAGUGGGACCACACUGGAGAUGUGGGUGGUUCCUCGUCACAUGAGGAGGAUGAUGAUGCAAGUUUCUUUAGCUGCCUCUCAGUCCCAGGACAAGAUGUGGAAGCUCACAGCUGGCACUCACAGGCUAUUCCAGUUACAGUCACCUAUACCAUUCCUGAUACAAAAGAACACACACCGGAUCUUCCUCAACAUGAAAGUACACCUUAUAAACAAGGCUAUGUUCAGCUCAUGUCUGAGUCCAGCAGCAGCAUUAAGAAUGUGAAGAAGGUCUCAAUCAUCCUGGAUGAUGGUAAACAACAGGAGGACCAUGGAGGCCUCACUAGCCUUUCAGCUGCAGAGAAACAGUCAAGAGUGAUCGAGCGCUGGGAGCUCCUCCAGGCGCAGGCAGUCAGAGAGGAGCAAUGCUACAGCAAAGACCAGAAACAGCUGACGUCUGACCUGAACGACAUCACUUCCUGGCUGGGCCAGGUCAUUCCUGAGCUAGAGAAAUUCCAAAACGAGGAGACGGCAUGUAUUAGUGUGCUGAUCAUGGAGGCCAGGGUCAAACAGCUGAAGGACAUGCAGAAGACUUUCGCACGCUAUAAAACGCUCAUGCUGAGUCUGAACCUGGGUGGGAGGGAGCUGCAGUGUGAAACAGGUCCAGAGGUGCAGCAGCUAAAGGAAGACUUCUGCAGCAUGAACCGAAGCUGGGCCGAGGCCUGUGUGAGUCUGGAGGAGUGGGAAGACAAUCUGCGAAGGUCCUUCAUGCAUUGCCAGGAGUUCCAUGAGACGUUGCACUCUCUCUUGCUGUGGCUGGCCCAUGCAGAAAGCAGAAGAUUCACUGUUAACAUCAAUGAUCCGUCUGUACAGCUAUCCAUGCUGCAUGAACACAGAGCUGUACUGAUGGGUCUGGAAGAGGAGCUGAAUGCCAGGCGGAGGAGAGUGUCAUCUUUGCAGGAGAUCACCACUGAGCUGCUUCCUGAAUCAGGGCCAGAGGACGACUUUGAGGCCACAGAGAAGCUCCACGUCAUCCGUAACAAAUUACAGCUGUUGCUGCGUCAGGUCAAGCAGGACCUCCAAACUGUUCAAGAGCGCUUGGACUCCCCUGAGGCACUGGCUCUGGGCAAAGGACAAGAUCCUGAUUCGUCAUCUGAGGAGCAAACAGCCAGCAGAACAUCCGGUGCCACCAGGAUGCAAAACAGAGACACAUCCCCACCCCGGUCCUUCUUCUAUCGGGUCCUGCGAGCUGCCUUCCCGCUUCACAUCCUCUUCCUCCUGCUGCUGGUUUUCGCUUGCCUGGUACCACUGUCUGAAGAAGACUACAGCUGUAGUCUGUCAAACAACUUUGCUAGAUCAUUCUAUCCCAUGUUACGCUACACUAAUGGACCUCCCCCAACCUAAUACACACACAUAAUACACACACAAAUACUGACCAACUGGUUUACUUCCAAAGGUGACUCACAAACUCUACAAGCACUCGGUGUGGGAGAGCAUAAUGCUACUGUCCAAAAUGUUUUAAUUAUUGUAUUUAUAAAAGUGAUUUUAUUCUAUUUAUUCCCUAAGAAAAGCCAUACUACUGAGAUAAAAAAAAACUCCAAAAGUCUUUUACUAAAGUGAUAAUGGAAAGAUUAAGCACAUAAAUCAUCCUAAAAGAACCUUGUUAAUACACUGGCUUCCAAUCAUGUUUCAGUGUUUCGAGGUUCACUCAAAGGAGAUUUAACCAUACAUCAUUUCGAUCAUUUGGGGUUUUUUCCCCCAACAUAAACAUGGAUCAUUUUGAUAGCUAGAGAGAGACUGGUGUUUGAUGAUACCAUGUUUGAGUGUGUAGUUGUGUGUGGCUUAUUGCCAAAACUGUAUGUUAUAAUGUGAUACCCAUUCUCCUCAUUUGUGUGUAUUUUGUUACAGAAUCUCUAGAUUUUCUUUCUUUGUUUUUUUUUUUUACUUUAUUAAGUCAUGAAAUGCUAUAAAAGCUAUAAAUUGUAUAUUUUUUUGCUCCAAGCCUUAUUUUUUUCCAUUUCAUUGAUCAUAAAUAGACAGUUGAUAAUUAAGAGCAUUGACUUCAUUGUAACAAGUGUGGACUUUAUACAUGUGUACUGCAAUUCAUUUCUAAACUUCUGAGGUUCUUGUUUUUUUCCUCCUAUUUUUAAUAAAUAUUAUAUUGUGCAACCAAAAUGUAAUGGGAAAUCUUUUAUGCCAAUCUGUAGUCA